CCCCGGGCAAAUUCAACUAUGCGGAGCACGUCAUCGGGUCUCUCCUCUCUGCGAUCGAGUUCGUCUUCCCCGAUCCGCCUUUCCAGGGCGCCACCGUCCUCCUGGCCAGUGCCCCGGCUUCUCCGGGCGCACCAUCGAAAAUUCUCCCGAUCCAACAACCCCCAACGGCCAGAUCGCCACCUCCUCUUCCUCCUCCCAGCCUCUCGAUCGAUCCCCGCGCGCCAUGAGCGAGGCACCCCCGACCGCGACAACCGCCGCCGCCGGAGAAGACCCUGACGCCGCCGCUGCCAACAAUCAGCAGCAGCAGCAGCAGCAGCAGCAACAGCAGGCGGCGCCUGAGGAGCUCGACGACGCGGACCAGCUGUCGGAGCUGCGGCAGAUCUUCCGGUCCUUCGACCGCAACAAGGACGGCAGCCUGACGCAGCUGGAGCUGGGCUCCCUCCUCCGCUCCCUCGGCCUCAAGCCCAGCGCCGACGAGCUCGACGCCCUCAUCCAGCGCGCCGACGUCAACUCCAACGGCCUCGUCGAGUUCUCCGAGUUCGUCGCCCUCGUCGCGCCCGAGCUCAUCGACGACCGCCCCCCCUACUCCGAGGACCAGCUCCGCAGGCUCUUCGAGAUCUUCGACCGCGACGGCAACGGCUUCAUCACCGCCGCCGAGCUCGCGCACUCCAUGGCCAAGCUCGGACACGCGCUCACCGCCAAGGAGCUCACCGGGAUGAUCAAGGAGGCCGACACCGACGGAGACGGCAGGAUCGACUUCAAGGAGUUCUCACGCGCCAUCACCGCCGCCGCCUUCGACAACGUCUUCUCCUGAUGACCGAGUCAUGGCUCCUGCAUGCGAUCCACCCAUGGCUUCGGUCGAUCUCGUGCAUAGUCGAUCGGCUGCUCGAUCGAUCGCGCUCUCUUGAUUUCCUAGGCUUCUUGAUCGAUUGUGUUCUUCUCGGGUGAGGUCAGUGAUCAGAUUCAUUCUCGAAAAAAAAGGUCAGUGAUCAGAUAAUUUUUAGGCUGCAGGUGUUGAUGAGAUGAGCUGUUGUGUGUUGCGAAUAACAAAAAGAUUUGAAAAAUCAAUGACAUAUCAAUGGCAAGAUCAGUUUAGGGAGGAAUCAUA